GCCGGCUCGUGGCCAAGCUCCACGGCGGCUACGAGGUCCUCGAGUUCAAUGCUUCCGAUGCACGUGGGCAAAAGAUUAUCCAGGAUAUGGCCUCCGGUAUUGCCGACAACCGAACCCUCAGCUUCGGCGAUGUGGGUGCAAAGAAGGUGCCGGCAUUGACCAAAAAGGCGAUCAUCAUCAUGGAUGAGGUGGACGGUAUGGGCGCCGGUGACCGGGGCGGCAUGGCCGCUUUGGGCAGGAUGAUCAAGAAGACGCGCAAUCCCAUCAUGUGCAUCUGCAACGAUUCCCACAGCCCGAAGGUUCGGUCUUUGGCGUUCAGCUGCUACGAUCUGAAGUUUUCCAGGCCGACCAAGAAUACAGUCGCGCAGCGCUGCGCGCAGAUUUCGGCUUCAACCGGUCUGCAGGUGGAGACGAAUGCUUUAGAGGCCCUGGCAGAGUCGUGUGGCAGUGAUAUGCGGAUGGUGCCUGCCCCACCAGCUGUCGUUCCGAUUUAUGUGGCACUUGCAAGCUGGCAGCCUUCCUCUGUGAACAUAAGCAUAGUUGACCGGUUUUGGGCAGCAGACGGCUCUACGAAGGUUGCCCACGGAUGCUUGACACAUCUUCAAAGUUGGUCCCGAGAGGAUUUGCGGCACUCUUUCGAGAACUUUCGAUCUGCCGGUGGUCAUGCGGUGAACUGCAGGCAGUUGGGGCAAAUUCUACGAAUCAGCAACUUCCACCUGACGAAGGACAUUUUUGACCUCCUGCUUGGGCCCGAACAUACGGAUCGCGGUCUUCUGGAUUUCUGGUCUGUCAUAGGUCCCAUGGUGGUGAUGUCUGGCCAGCACUACAUUUCCAGGGUCAGCUUCCUGUUCAGCAUCUUCGACAUGGAUGGAGAUGGCUGCCUCAAUGAGUCUGAGAUCAUUCUGGCCGUUCGCUCGGUGUUCUUCGGUCUGGCGCGGUUCUUUCCCAAAGCAAGUCUGCCGGACGGCAGACGACUGGAACACCUAGCUCAGGAGAUGUUCCAGCGUUUCGACGCAGAUGGCUCGGGGCUUGUGAGCAUUGGGGAGAUCGUGAAUUAUGCCUACCGAAGCGAGGGCCUGCUGCGGCUCUGUGAGCCUUUCCCCUCUCGCGAGAAGCAAGUACAUGAGGAGCCUGUCCACUUCAUCGGCUCGUCGGCCUCCAGAGGACAUAAGGCUCACGGACGGCUGGGGGAGCCGAGUCUCAGUCUGAGGCGUGACCUCCGCUUGGCUCCAGACCCUUCGCCGCCCCAAAGCCAGGGCUCCGCGAGCUCCAGCGCCAGGUCCCGUCACUAUGACAAACCCUGGCAGCGGGCAGCCAACCGGGACGGGCUAACGAAGGCCCAUGCAUGGGUUGCUUGGAUCUGCUUUCGGCUAUUUGCCGACAAGGAGAACCCUCGCAUCAUCCAUGCUACAGAGCUCAUGAAUCUUGUCAGCAGGGGGCGAGUCAAGGUCUUCCCCAUGAUCAAUGCAGCUGUUGAAGAAAGCCGGGACUUGGCGGAGAACAUUGCGAGCGAACAUGAUGAACUGGGCGCAGAUCGGCUGGUGGUGAGUGUGAGCCAGGCGAUGCUGGCCAAGGAUUUCGCUGAGCGACUGGAGAGGUUGAGUGGGCCGGGCACGAGUGGUGAAGCAGGCGAAGGAGGACUGGUCUCCAUGCGCAGCUUUCUGUGUUUGCUGUGGCCCAAAGCCAGUGACGGAGCCAUCGAAUGCUGCGUGCGAUGGUGCCAGAGCUUCCAUGCCCACCAGGUGCUGGCAUCCCUUCUCCGGCAGAAGCGCGCCUCCAUGCGACAAAGCAGGUUCUACCGGAAUAGCAUCGAAGAUCCGAUGGCAAUGCAGCGGGCGGCAAGCGGCCGGCAACCAGUCGCUGUUGUCGACAGCUUGAGCCGUGAGGACCUGCAGGUACUUUUUGAAGCAUUGGAUUUUGAUGGCAACGGCAAGCUCUCCGCCCGAGAGCUGUGCACACGAGGUGGGCUCAGCACCAGAGAUGCGCAGAAGCUUCUCCGAAUCUGGGACCAGGAUGCAGAUGGCGAGCUUACCAGCAAGGAGCUCUCAAGCGUGGUGCAGGCAGUUGACCCAGCCCUGAAGCAGCAGGUCAAGGGUUUCGCUUCCCUUUGGGGUGCAUGCUUAGAUUCCAGUUCUGUACACAGUGUAGGUGAUGCUCCCGGCUGCACAAACUGCCCGGGAGCCGCCUCGAAGUUUCCCGCGACAGCGAACUCGCAGAACGAGCACGCUGCCACCUCCUUCUCCCCGAGGAGUGCCGCCCGCUCUUCUUACCCGAGGAAGGCCCAGGCCGGGGAAGAGGUGAUGCUGCUCCACGGAGGCAGCGCCUUAGCGGUAGACUCCGGUGGGCUCUCAGGUUUGGGGCUGGGACCGGGCCAGGUGCUGAAUCAGCUGCAGAUGCUCACGAAGUCCGACGUCCACAUGGCAGAAGGUGUCAAAUACAUGGACAUGAAGGAGAAGAUGCGCCAGAUGAACAAGGAUCAGGCCAUCAUGCUGGGCCCUUUUGACGCUUGCAAGAAGCUGCUCACCCAUUCGGAGGGCGCUCGGCUUUCCUUCCGAGACCGGCUCGACUUGUUCUUCGUGGACCACUCUCUGAUGGGCCUCCUUGUCCAUGAGAACUACUUGAAUGCCAUUUCCAAGAAGCCGGUGAACAAUGAGUUGCUACAGCGGUGUGCCAACUCAGCCGACAUGAUGGCCGUCGGGGACAUCAUCGGCGCAAGGAUAAGGGAGCAUCAGGAGUGGAGCCUUCUUCCUGACUUGGGCAUCCUGUCUGCCGUCUAUCCUGCGUUUACGACCCAUGGGCUGCGUCCCCAGAACCCGCGAUCCCGAUCUGCUUCGAAGAUGCGGAGUAGGGCUUGGGGUGUUUCGGGUUUCAACUCUUCAAGUUUGGGUUCAGCGGGCUGCAGACUUGAGAUUAGGGCCUGGGGUUGCAUCUGUUACUCAUCGUUCUUGUCUUGA